AGGAUCAACUACAGAUAUAUUUAACCGCGUUCACUUCUCGCGCUUGAAUGUCAGCUGUCUUGAGGAUUCGGCGACUCUGUAACUUCAGCUACCUUAUGUACGGUCUGAAUCCUUCGGCAGAACUUAGUACUUCCCUGGCCGGCCCUUCAAAGUGACUCACUGGAUCGAUGAGUCUUCCAUUAAAGGUCUAGAUUACACCUGCUAUAGCCGGCACCUCGCUUUCCCCCGCGUGCUUACUUCUCAUGGUCUUGCUCCAAUUCCACCAUGCAAUCGCAAUCCUCCAAGCCAGACUUCUGGCUAGAGCCCCUCGAUGAAAAACAUCUCCAGGACUUUCACGAACUUUGCUCAGACGAGCAAGCUGCUUUUUGGAGCUCCCAGCGCUCCACAGCCACCCUCGAAGCAACAGCGGUUCGGCUAACCCAAGCCUUCGCGAAGGAUAUAGGGAAACCGUGGCUCGUCAGCUGUGCCAUCAUGUCGUCAAACCACCCGCCCCAGGGCGCCCACGACGCCACGCCGGCGACGGCAACGUCGAAAAUGAUCGGUGUGGUCAGGACGACUCGGGCGUCGCCGUGGGGUUUGAUGAUCGGCUACAAGCUAAGGUCGGACUGCUGGGGCAGGGGGUAUGCCACGCGUGCCGUAUGUGCGUUUCUGGACAUCUAUUGGAGCCAGCCGCGCCGAGCGCCGAGGGGAGAGACGCUCGUUCAGCAGGCCCUGGAUAACCAUGAAGCCAGGUCUGGCCUGUCGAGGGAUGAGACAUCGACGCGAGACGGAAACACGAUGACGAGGGUUGUGGGGUUCGGCGGGGACGCUGACGAGGUUGAGAUCACGCAUCUCGUCGCCCAGGUGGACCCGGACAACCUGGGCAGCAUACGAGUGGCAGAGAAGUGCGGCGGGAAGCUUGUUACCGUCGCCAAGGAGAGUGUCAAAGUGUGGCGGUUUCCCGAGAAGAGAGAUAUGGCUGUGUGGAGGUUGGACAAGCCUUCUGCCAGCGCUGAAUCGGGUUGAGCGGAUGGUAGGCUUUCAUGUAAUGGAGAGUUUGUUAGAGCGAACCACUAGAGGUUGAGUGUAUUGUUCAACUGCACAAAAGAGAAGCGGAACGAUCGCAAUGACAUUGAAUAUAAUCAAUUUCAG